GUCGUUAUAUUAGAAUCCGCCAAUUACUUGAAGACACAAUAUAUCAAUGAAUGUGUACGUGUCCUGUCGUGUAACUGUAAAUAGAGUUUCGAUCUGUGUCAUUGGAAUCUCCUAUCUGUCUUCAAGGCGUUCUGAUUACUAAAUAGGUACGCAUCCAACAAUCACUGGACUCAUCUUUCCUACCCCCGUUGACCUCAGACAACCAACCUUGAUCAUGGAAGCCAUCGGUGUACUGCUGACGACCCCGGUGUAUUCUUACCUCGAAGAAAAACUGGAUAGCCGCUUCAAGCUUUUCCGCAUCUGGAACUUCCCUCAAAAGGACGAGUUCUUGAAGGAGAACUCCGAUUUCAUCCGCGCCAUCGUCGGAACCCCCAAUUUCAGUGUCAACCGAGAAGUGAUCGACUCGUUGCCGGCUCUGGAAAUCAUAUCGAGUUUCAGUGUCGGAUUAGACCAUGUCGAUUUGGCGUAUUGUAAGGAGAAAGGAGUUAGGGUUACAAAUACACCGGAUGUAUUGACGGAGGAUGUGGCUGAUACAGCGAUUGGAUUGAUAUUAGCGACGUUGAGAGGGAUCUGUGAGUGCGAUCGGUAUGUUAGGGCUGGAUUGUGGAAGAAAGGUGACUUCAAAUUGACUACUAAGAAAAACGACUUCUUCAAGGAGAAUUCCGGUUCAAUCCGAGCCGUCGUCGGAAACGCCAACGCCGGUGCAGACCGAGAAUUGAUCGACUCGUUACCGGCUUUAGAGAUUGUAUCCAAUUUUAGCGUGGGGUUAGACAAGGUGGAUUUGGGGCAUUGUAAGCAGAAAGGGAUUAGGGUUACUAAUACACCUGAUGUGUUGACCGAGGAUGUGGCUGACUUGGCGAUUGGAUUGAUGUUGGCGACGCUGAGAGGGAUUUGUGAGUGCGAUCGAUAUGUUAGGGCUGGAUUGUGGAAGAAAGGUGACUUCAAAUUGACUACUAAGUUCAGCGGCAAAAAGGUGGGAAUCAUAGGUCUUGGAAGAAUAGGCACUGCAAUUGCCAAGAGAGCCGAAGCAUUCAACUGUCCAAUAAGUUACUAUUCAAGAUCACAGAAACCAGAAUCAAAAUACAAAUACUUUCCCAGUGUAGUUGAAUUGGCUUCCGAUUGUGAUAUCCUUGUUGUGGCGUGUGCACUAACUGCAGAAACCCGCCACAUCAUCAACCGCCAAGUCAUCGAUGCGCUGGGCCCCAAGGGUUUUCUCAUCAACAUUGGGAGGGGCCCACACAUAGACGAACCUGAACUGGUAUCCGCCCUUGUUGAAAGGCGGAUAGCAGGUGCAGGUCUUGAUGUGUUUGAGAAGGAGCCCCAUGUCCCUGAGGAGUUGUUUGGGCUUGAUAAUGUGGUUCUGUUGCCACAUGUCGCGAGUGGAACUGUUGAGACACGAAACGCGAUGGCUGAUCUUGUUGUUGGAAACUUGGAGGCUCACUUUUCCAAGAAGCCAUUGUUGACCCCUGUUGUUUGACUAUGAUUAUGAUGAUAUUGGUACUAAAUUACUACCAUUUAAAAAGAUGUUGUUGACACUUGUGAGCUUCUUUUAAAGUCUGCUUAUUCUUCUAGCAAAGCUUUAAAUUCCUCAAUACCAUUUUCAAUUCAUGGGUUGUGCAAGGAAAUUGAAUAAAUAUACAAAGCAGAUUGUAGC